UGAGCAACACAAGUUUUCUGUUGACCGACCGGCUCCCAUCCCUUGUCUCUGCCUCUCUCCUCCUCUCUUGGCCGGGGCCCCCCUCUUCUCGCGGCGAGCCGGCGACCACUGGGCGAGCGGCGGCGCCAUCCCCGACGUCUUCGCCGGCGACGAGCGCCCGCUAGGUGUUCCCUCCCCUUCCCUUCCUGCUGGGCGAAACGGAUCACCCUAAAUGUAAGCAAGCUACGCGCUUUGUAUCCGGAUCUGGGUCGGUCCGCCCCUGCGUGCUGCCCAAGUGAUCUUGUGAGGCGGAGUUCUUGCGCGGGAUGAGCGGCCAGGGGUUCGGUCCGGGGAGCCCCAAGUCCUUCCGUUACCCCACCAGAGCCGUCGGCGGCGACUUCGACCUCGAGGCCGGGAUCUCCCGCAAGGGCCGCAAGCCCAAGAACCCGCACCUCGAGGCCUCCGUCGCGAUGCGGCUCCGCCACUUCUACGAGGCGCACCCCGUGGCCGUCGCCGCCUCCCUGCUCGCCGCCGGGCUCGCCGCCCUGGUCCUGCUCUCCGUGCACGAGGCCCGGUCCCGGGCGGCGAGGCCCGGCGGCGCGUGGGCCGGGGAGGAGUACCCGCUCCCGAGCCUCCGGAACCUCGUCAUGGUGGCCGGCCACUCGGUCUACACCAGCGCCACCUGCGGGGGCACCGACCGCGAGGAGUCCUGGUUCCUGGAGCCGUACCAGAGGCACCCCGGCCAGGCGGCCACGUUCGUCGCGCACAUCAAGGAGGGCGUCGACAUUGCGGCCAGGGACGACGGCGCGCUGCUCCUGUUCAGCGGCGGCGAGACGAGGAAGGACGCCGGGCCCAGGAGCGAGGCGCAGAGCUACUGGGCGAUCGCCGAGUCCAAAGGCUGGUUCGGGAACGAUGAGAGUGUUAGGAGCCGGGCACUCACCGAGGAGCAUGCCCGAGACAGUUUUGAAAACCUCCUGUUCAGUGUUUGCCGUUUCAGAGAACUCACUGGAAGAUACCCACAAAACAUAACAGUUGUAAGCUAUGAUUUCAAGGAGGAACGGUUUGCGCAAUUGCACAGAACAGCACUCGGAUUCCCAGAAGGAAGAUUUUUCUUCUCAGGUACCCCAGCAACUCCUGCCGCAAGGGAGGCUGCUCUGAAAGGUGAAGCCGCCGUCAGGGCUCAGUUCCUAGAAGAUCCAUAUGGAUGCCUAGGCUCUCUCCACGUGAAGAGGCUCAAGCGGGAUCCAUUUCAUCGUACCAUUCCAUACCCUGAGGGUUGCCCGGAGUUGAAGAGCCUGUUCUCCUAUUGUGGCGCAGUGCCGUUCCCUGGUCUGCUCCCUUGGGCUGAAUAGUUAUAUGAAGGAUCAGACUGCUGCUGCCGCUGCACAAUUCCAACAUAGAGCACUUGCCCUGUGCCAAUGAUCUUGUUCUCAACUGACGGGGAAGAGGAUAUUUACACUAGCGACAAUUGUUUUUGCAAAAUAGAAGUAAUGGUACAUGACCAAUAUAUAGAUUUUCCUCUUCUUUUUUUUCCUUCCCUGUUGUACACGUGUUAUGUAGAAAGAACUUUCCUUGUAGCUGAACCUGCGCCUGUUGUGAUAAUCUGGGUAUACCAUGAACAUUGGUACUAAUUGAUAUCCUGCUGUUUUUGCAAAAAUACUGAUCCUUCAGAGUUAA